ACUCUCACUAUAUAUGCUGUGGCCUUACGUCAGUUGUCACAUGAAGACAAGACACACGACCAUUUAACACGCAGAAAAAGACCGGUUUGAUCAACAGAAGCUCCCCAUUUGACAAAAAGUAAAAAGCUGGGAUGAAUCAUAAAAGUUUCAACGGCUUCUGUUUACUGCUCCUUUGGAGCCUUUACAAAAACUGCGAAACCUCCCCUAUAGUAUCCCCUAUAGAUGGGCAAAAAGGAGGCAACGUCACCCUGCCAUGUGAGUACGAAGGCAGUGAGAUUGCUGAUAUGAGUUUAAUCGGUGGGUCAGAAAGCAUCGGCGUCUGUCAGACUGAAGAGUGCAGCUGUAGAGUCUGUAAGAUAGGAGCCUGUGACGUCUUCAUCAAGGAUCUGAGCUUCAGGGACGCCGGGAAAUACACUUUGAGUGUCUAUCAUCAGACAGAGCUGGAGCCACACAUCAGGAUGUACCAGCUUCGUGUCGAUGGUGAGGUUUCUGUGAAAAUGGGCGAGGAGCUGGAGUUGGAUGUUCUGGUGUCAAACGCUGAUAAAGUGCAGCAUCAGAGCAGAAGAAGCACAGGUUGGAAGAAGAUCUGGAGCAGAACUGAUGGAGUUCAGAGCGAACGGAUCAACUUCAGAGAAGGAAACCUGAUCAUUAAUGAGUUUACAUUCAGAGACAAAGGAUCAUACGAAGUUCUGGACCCUGAUGGAAAGAUCUUGAUCAUGGUGAAAGUCAGAGCUGAAAAACUGAACUGACGGGAACUGAUGACACAAGACACGGAGCAAGUAAAACACACGGCAUCGAGAGCUUUACUAAUGUUUUAAAAGUAACAUAAGUAAUAUCUGUGCUCUCUUCCCAUGCAGGUUUCCUCCUUCGGUCUUAAGAAUAUCAGCCCCCCCUCCCCAAAAAAACAAAAAACCCUGUCUGUGGUUCUGGAUCUGUGCAGAUUCGCUUCCACAGCCAACAGAUCUGACUGAAAGUCAUACAGCGUUCAGUCAGCGCACAAUGUUACAGUGUUUCAGGGCACAUCACAAUAUGUAUUGGAUGCUGCUGUUUUGCACAUUGUAACAUAACUAUAUAACGACUGGACAGCACCUAUUAUUCCAUAUUGAAUAAUUGUGAUGUUCGGUCAAUGUGUUUGAUGUUUUAUAUUAUUUAAGGUUUUUAUACUGAAUAUAAUAUAAUUACACUGAACACUUUACAUGGUGUUUGAUAACAGGUCAAAUCAUGGCUGCGUUAUUAACCCUUUUUGCAAUGUAAAUCCGGCUCGGCUGCUGUUUCUUCAAUGGUCAAGUCCUCCGGUUAUAUUUGCUUUCGGUUAUCCAUAGCAGUGGACACCAGAUACGCUAGUUAUACUGCAAAUGGUAUCUGUUACAUUAUUAUCAUUUAUUGUUGUAGUCACUAAUAAAUAAAUAAUAAUGUACAGUCUGAAUGCACUGUAAGUCGCUUCGGAUAAAAGUGUAUGCUGAAUGCAUAAAUGCUAAUGUAAUUACUGUAUAAACAUACUGGUUUGUACGGUUUACUGCAUUUUGGUAUUCUUCUAGUUAUUUACCUAAAAGUUGCACACAUUCGCACAAAACUGUGUAAUGCUGCAAAGUAAGGUGAAUAAAAGCGAAAA